CCCUUCCAUCACCCCAGAGCCGCGCAGGCCCCGGCCCCAUGGAGCGCGCCAGGGAGGGGUUCCCGGCCUCGGCCGUGGCGGCCGUGCUGAAGCCCAGCGCCGGCCUGCCCGAGGCGAGCCUGCAGGUGCGGGGCUACGACUUCGACCGCGGGCUGGAUCACCGCGCCCUGCUCCAGUCCUACCUCACCACCGGCUUCCAGGCCACCAGCUUCGGGCAGGCCGUGCAGGAGAUCAACAGGAUGAUCGGGGCGAAGCUGGAGCCGCUGGGCGAGGAGGAGGAGACCCGCGCCGACCUGAACCCCUGCCGCCGGCAGCCUUCGGGCUGCACCAUCUUCCUGGGCUUCACCUCCAACCUCAUCAGCUCGGGCAUCCGCGAGACUAUCCGCUACCUGGUGCAGCACAACAUGGUGGACGUGCUGGUCACCACAGCAGGCGGCGUGGAAGAGGAUCUCAUCAAAUGCCUGGCACCUACCUACGUGGGGGAAUUCAGCCUGCGGGGGAAGGAGCUUCGGCAGAGCGGGAUCAACAGGAUCGGGAACCUGCUGGUGCCCAAUGACAACUACUGCAAGUUCGAAGACUGGCUCAUGCCCAUCCUGGACCAGAUGGUCGCUGAGCAGAAUGUGGAGGGUGUGAAAUGGACCCCGUCCAAGAUGAUCGCACGGCUGGGCAAGGAAAUAAACAACCCUGAAUCGGUCUAUUACUGGGCACAGAAGAACAACAUCCCGGUGCUGAGCCCGGCCCUGACGGACGGCUCCCUGGGGGACAUGAUCUUCUUCCACUCCUACAAGAACCCCGGUUUGGUGCUGGACAUUGUGGAAGAUCUCCGGCUGAUCAACACCCAGGCCAUCUUCGCCAAGAAGACGGGCAUGAUCAUCCUGGGAGGGGGCUUGGUCAAACACCACAUCGCCAAUGCCAACCUGAUGAGAAACGGGGCCGACUACGCCGUCUACGUUAACACGGCACAGGAGUUCGACGGCUCCGACUCGGGGGCCCGGCCAGACGAGGCGGUGUCCUGGGGGAAGAUCCGCAUGGACGCCAAGCCCGUGAAGGUUUACGCCGACGCCUCCCUGGUUUUCCCGCUGCUGGUGGCUGAGACCUUCGCCCAGAAAGCCAGCGCCUUUGCCUCCGAGAAGCAGCACGACUGA